AUGGAGGUCUUCUCAAAAUCCAUCUACGCCUAUGAAAAAGUACGUACAGCUGUUCGUGAUUAUGAAGAUGAUGUAGAUGUUACCGCUACGAUUCCGAAGACUCGAGCCAAAGUUGUCGUCGUCGGCUCAUCAGGAGUUGGUAAGACGUCUGUGAUCUAUCGGCACAGGUUUGGUAAUCGCUCUGCACCUUUCACCUCAACAAUCGGUGCUUCAUUCGUGGAAUGCGAAGUAGAAGCCAACAACGAAAACAUAAGCCUUCAGAUCUGGGACACAGCUGGGCAGGAGCGUUUUCGUUGUAUGGUCCCAAUGUACAUGCGAAAUUCUGCUGCUGCCAUUAUAAUGUACGACAUAACAAAUAGACAGUCAUUUGAAGAUGUUGAUAAGUGGGCUGAAGAGCUUCGCAAGUGUUGUGGAAUUUCCGAUCCUCUGGUAGUGCUGAUAGGGAAUAAGUGUGACCUGAACGACAAGCGACGCGUUUCAAUGCUUGAAGGACAGGAGAAAGCUUUUUCCCUCGACGCACGAUUUUACGAGAUCUCAGCUGAAAAGCCAAUAACGUUUGCUCUGGUGUUAGAAGAUCUCUGCAGCGAUCUUUUGUCUAGCGCGAAGGCUGAUGAGAUAUCCUCUAUGAUCUCUGCGACCCGUGAUAACGUCGUUCAUCUCUCGUCAAGCGCAUCGUCGGUAUCUUCGAAGGACUCGAAGACCAAAAAGAGUUGCUGCUCAUUUUUUUAG